AUGACGCAAGUCUUGAAAGAAACAAAACUUAUAGUAUGGGAUGAAUGCACUAUGGCCCAUAAAGGAGGCGUAGAAGCUCUCAGUAAAACUCUGCGAGAUAUAAGAGAAAAUGGUAGUUUGAUGGGCGGCGUUACGGUUCUCUUAGCUGGAGACUUUCGACAAACCUUACCCGUCGUACCAAGGGGAACACGAGCCGAUGAAGUGAGGUCAUGUUUAAAAUCAUCGUAUUUGUGGCCCCAAAUUAAGAAGCUCGCCUUAAAGACAAAUAUGAGAGUACUUUUAGGAGAUGAUGCUACCGUUGGUGAGUUUGCACAGACUGUGCUUCAAAUAGGAGAUGGAAAUUACCCUACAGUUGAUGGUAAGAUUAUUAUACCACCAACUCUGGCUACGGUAGUAGAAUCUCUUACAGAACUAACCAACAAAAUUUACCCCGACAUCAUCAAUCUUAAGGCAAAACCCAUAGACUGUUUAUGCGAACGUGCUAUUUUGACUCCCAAAAAUGAUAGAGCGGCUGGUAUUAACGAUCUUUUGUUAAAAUCAUUUGAAGGAGAAGAAAUUCAAUAUAAAUCCGUGGAUUCGGUAGUACAAACUGAUGAUGCUAUAAAUUAUCCAGUCGAGUUUUUAAAUACGCUUAACCCAGCUGGUCUUCCCCCUCAUAAUCUCACACUUAAGAUUGGCGCACCAGUUAUGCUAUUAAGGAACCUGAACCCUCCAAAGUUAUGCAAUGGCACCAGAUUGCAAAUAACGGCUCUCCACCGGAAUGUUGUAGAGGCCACGAUAAUCACGGGAUGUGCUCAAGGGGAAAAGGUAUUCAUACCACGAAUACCUUUAAUACCGUCAGAAUACCCAUUUGAAUUCAAAAGGUUGCAGUUCCCCCUGAAGGUCUGCUUCGCAAUAACUAUCAAUAAAGCACAAGGUCAAACAUUGAACAGUAAAGGCGCCAACACCAGAUAA